GCCUUUGAGAGGAAGGAGCCCUACCCCACCCCCCACCCCCGGUCUUUGGAAGCGGUGUAAAAGUGGACAGGGAAGCUGUGGCAGGUCUUUCUAGGACGAGGGACAUAUUUCCACAAGGAGAGACGCAAACAGUCAAAACAGACGCGGCCUACCGUGAGGCCCCCGGAACUUCGGGUAUAAAACCGGAAGUCGUGUUGUCGUAAUUCCGCAUAAGUGUCUCUAUCCCGUGUCAGCUCUAUGUUGAAAUCCUAUCUAUGGGAUGUUAAAAUGGGGGAAGGAUUAAAAUUGCGGUACCCUUUCUAGGCUUUCUGGAUCUCUAUGGCUAGAGUCUCGUAAAAGAACUUGAUCUUCCGGCUUUGAAACAGGAACCAGCCAUUGGCCGUGAGAGUUAGUGGCGGCGCUCUGUCGCUUAACGUCUCUAUAGUGAGCGCUCUUGUUUAUGUGCCUGGUGUUGAAAACAGAAGGGGUCUCCAGUUUUGUGUGACACCGGAUGUGUCCUUAAGGGCUGCAUCCCCUUGGAAGCUCCUCUUCGGAAGAAUCUGAAAGAAAGCUAAGCGCUAGAGGGAGAGGAUGGGAGAUGGGUGUCAAUUGGAGGACAGCAAGCGUGGAUAGUGCGUGAAGUUUCUUUUUUAAGAGUACGACCCUACUGGGAGGCUGUGCAGAGCAAUGGAGCAGCAUUCCCUGUUGAAUUCCCUGCAGCUGACCCUCCCAGGGGGGCAAGGAGUCCCCGAGUACCCCCCAGCGGAGCAGGUUCUCCCCCAGUUUUUGCAGCUCUUUUCAAGUGUGGGAGCUCAGCAGGCUGGUAGCAAAGCCAAGGCAGGGAUGGUCAGAGACCUCUUUGCCAUCCUUGAGGCUGGAGAUUGCCAGUGGCUGCUGGGGGGUUGCCAGGGAAACUCCACCCUGGUUGUCCUUAGAGACUUGGUGGUUGCACUAAGCAUCCAUGCCGCGCUGCCCCAGCAGGAACAUGAGGGAGGAGAGCUCCCCUACAAGGACUCAUCCUACACGGCAGCAGCUGAUCGGGCAGCGGACGUCAGCCUCGUUUUCCAGAGCAUCUUGGACAAGGUGGCCACGGCAAAAGGCUUGGAGGAACUGGGAUGCAAGGUGGUUGACUCAGCAGUUGGCUCAUUCUUGCACCAAGUGGCAGGACCCAUGUAUAUUUUUGCUGUGACUCAUGGGGCAGAUAAGCCAUGGAGCAGACCCAGGACUCAGUCCCUGGCCCAGGAGCUGCUGGAAAGUCUGCUUCACGUUGGGGGCUGCCAGUCCGUUCCUGAGUUCCUCAGAGGGGCCACUGAAGAUGAAGAGGGUUGGUUUACAGUCGUGAUGCAGUGCCUGAAACCAGAGUUGACCAAAGAGACGUGGCAGCGCAAUCCAGCCACGAAGCAUGUGUUUUCAUGGACACUCCAGCAGGUCACUCGACCCUGGCUUGGCCUCCAUUUGGAGAAAGUUCUGCCGCCAUCGCUGCUCUUGUCGGAUGACUACCGGGUAGAAAAUAAAAUCCUGGGCGUGCAGUGCCUGCACCAUAUCAUUUGUAAUGUGCCAGGAGCUGAUCUCUGCCAGUUUAACAGGGCACAAGUGGUGCACCAUGCCCUCUCCAACCAUCUCUACAGCAAGGAUGCCCAGCUCAUUCAAGUUGUGCUGCCAUGCUUACUGGACUUGCUACCAAUCCUGGAAAAGGCCCCUGGACAGCCGUCCCACCGGCUCCCAUCCGCGGUGCCCUCUGACAAGGUGCUCCGGCUGGUCUUGACCCAUAUGGAACCAGAGCACCAACUCGCUCUGCGGAGGGUGUAUGCCAAGAACCUGCCUGCCUUUGUCGAGAGGCUGGGCAUCCAGAUAGCUCGUCAUCUGAAGAGGCUGCAGCGGGUGAUUGUGGGAUACCUGGAGGUCAACGAUGGACCAGAGGAAACAGCUAGAUUGGCAAUGUUGGAAACAUUGAAGCGGACCAUUCAGCACGCAUGGCCCAGGAUGACGUGCCACCUCGCCGUACUGCUCGAAGCUUUGCUGAGGCUCAUGUGGGACACAGUCACUGACCAGAGCUCGACCCCGGAGCCAGUAAUUGCGGCAUUGCUGCAAGGAGCCACAGAGUGCCUUCUCUUGCUGGACCGGUGUUCCCAUGGGCAGGUGAAGGUUCUCCUGCAAGGAGUCCAGCUCAGCUGUCAAGAUGAUCGCCUUAAGGAAUGCCUCAGGAAAGUUGAAGAGGAGCCGGCAGAAAGCUUUGCUCCUACAGAACCCAAGAGGAAGUCUUAAUGAAGAAAAUGCAUGCAAGGUUGGAACAAGCAUCCUCUACACUUUAAGAAUCCCGCCUGAAAGGCAGUUGUUUUUUGCUCCAAUACAGCUAAAAACUGUUUCUUGUCCCCAAAAAAAGGCAGCAAAGUAAAAUAUUUAAGAGCA